UUCCUGACUCCUUGAAUCAUGUGACAGAUGUUUUUGUUGUAUCGUUUCCGCGUUUAGUGAGUGUUUUCGCCGCGUCAUGUGGCUGUCAGUAACCCAAACCUCUAGCAGGGUCAGGAGUUGAAAGCCUCACACCGACUCCUCCAAACAAAUCUUUACCGGAGGUCCGAGGAGUCUCCCAGCCGCCGCAGAUACACUUCCCGCGGUGCGUUGUUGGAAGAAAGGCUUGGGUCCGGAGGGAGCGAUGGCAGACGGGGAACGGUCACCGCUGCUGCCCGAUCAGCACGACGGGACCAACGGCUUCUCUCCCGGUACAAGCUCGCACGGAUAUCUACCGAAACCUCAGAGUUUUGCUCCGUUCCCCAGCUCAGUGGCACCAGGCGAGCCUCCACCCCCGUACUCCCCACAAGGCAGCCCAGACAGCAGCAGUGCUCCGGUCAUCAGCUGCCGGGUUUGUCAGACCUCCAUAUCUGUGGAGGGCAAGACGCACCAGCAUGUGGUGAAGUGCAACAUCUGCAAUGAAGCUACGCCCAUUAAGAAUGCUCCUGUUGGAAAGAAGUAUGUCCGCUGUCCUUGCAACUGUCUGCUGAUCUGCAAAGUGACGUCGCAGAAGAUCGCCUGUCCAAGACCGUACUGUAAACGCAUCAUCAACCUAGGUCCAGUCCACAUUGGAGGGGACAGUCCUGAACCGCGGCGUCAGCCUGUUGGCAUCAGAGUCAUCUGUGGACACUGCUCCAACACAUUCCUGUGGACAGAGUUUUCAGCCCGCACUUUAGCUCGAUGUCCCCACUGCCGAAAAGUCUCUUCUAUUGGUUGGCGGUACCCCAGAAGGAGGAGCCUGCUAUGCUUCCUGCUGUUUUUAAUCCUCGCCGUCUCCACCGCAGGACUUUUGGCCGGCACCUGGAAGCCCGCCAAGAGCUCAAAAGGGAUCUACGUGUCAUGGGUGCUCCUGCUCCUGCUCACUUUGUUCACCAUGGCCAGAACAAUCUACUGGAAGUGUCUAAAAAUUAGCGAACCCUUAUCCAAUGUCACAUAGAGGGAGAAAGAGGGUGAGGAAGGUGAGGAGGCUGGUGUAUGAGGAGGAGACAUUUAAAAUAAGAAAGUAAAGCGUUAGAUCUCAAGUGAGGAAAACGGUAAGUCCUGACAUCAACGAGGGAAGAAAAGAUGGGGGAACAGUAGAUAUAAAGAAGGAAGGUUAAAGAAGAAAAGGUUUUUUAACAUGUUAAAAACAUCAAGUUCCUACAAAAUUGGGUUAGAAAAUAUAAACAUACACAGAGGCAAAAUUCACAUAAUUCAGUUAAAUUGCAGAGCUGCAUGUGAUUGUGACUGUGAUUUUUGAGAGAUCCGUACAUUUUAAGCAACAGUAGAUAAGGACACUCCUAGAGUGCAGUACUCCACCAAGGGCAAUACUUUAUCUUGGAGUUUAAAAAUAAAAGUAAUGUAAAGUUUUAAAGGUUCCUUCUUUUGCCAUUCCUGUACUGCUCUGCCAACAGCAAUGACAAUCUCUGUUUAAAAAAAAGACUUCUAGAACAUCUAGGCGUUAAUUCAAACAUGAGGCUGAACUUUUGCGCAGAUUACCAUGUUUUCCACUGAAGAGGUCCUUCAUUGUUUGCCAAGACCAUAAGCAUGAUUAUGGAAAUCAAAAAUGUAUUCACUUUGUUAUUCCUGACUAAAAUGUCUCAAGUAAAUGAAACCCCAAAUAACCGAUCUGGUUAAAGAGAAUAUUCUAUUUGCCUAAAACGCUUGUGGAUGGUAGCCAAAAAGAUCCUCUAUGCAAGAGAAAAAAACCCUAAAAUACAAUGUGGACUGAAGGGGGUGUUUUAAUUAUAAGAAUAGUAGUAAUCAGACUGGGUAGAUCAGGCAGAAUAAUUUAGUAGUUAACUUUUUUUGCCAGCAAACAACAACAACAAACGUUCCCAAAUUUGCUUUUAAAUUGAUCCAAAAUGGAGCAGAACCAGUAGAUGCUUCUCUUAUUAAAGGACUAGUGUGAUAUUUUAAGUGAGACUGUGCACUUUGAAAAUUGGGCAAGAAGACUGAUAUUGCUCAUGUCUGUGUGAUAAAUAAGAAUUUACAAUGAGCAUAUCUUACUUUACCGUAGCAUAGCUUUGUGUAAAUGUAAAUGAAAUGCUGAAAAAGAUUAAAUUAAAAGUUGAUGUUGUGCAGGGUAUUAAGUGUAGGAUUAUUUGUUUACUAUGAUUUUUUUGGUAGCCUUGCAUAUAGCCGAGCUAGCUGUUUGCGUGUGUUUCCUGUCUUUAUGCUAAGCUAGAGCUAGCCAAGCUAUUUUUUUUCUUUAUUUGAAGCACUGACAGGAGACUGGCAUCGAUCAACAGCAAAUUAUUCUGUUUAAGGCCCCAGUCACACAGGAUGGCACACCAGUUGGCAGCCACCUGGCAAUGACUGGCCCAAAAGGAGUUGGCAAGUGGUUGCUGGAGGUUGCUUAGUGAAAUUUAUGCUGUGUUAUCUACUCCACUAGUGUUAGUGGAACUUGCAAAAGUGCAACACACUCCAGAAAGAGGCCUUGCACUGUCAAAAUAGAAGUUGUGGCUUUUGAAACAUAUUUGUUUCAGUGCUAAGCUUUUACUUUGAAGGGGAAAGGUCUCUGUUUUUGGGGUGUCAUACGUUCGCAUGGUUCACGAAUGCUUGUCAAGUAGUUUAUGAGAUUUUGCGGAAGUCAAUCUCUCCCGGGUAUACUAGAGGAAACUGCAGUGAUCUGUUAGUAGCCACUAGGAGAUUUUUGGUCCAGCAGCCUGUUUGCGACUGAUUUCACCCAGCACCUCCAGGACAGGAGGUUGCCGGGGGGGGGUGACAGACUGGUCUGUAGGCCUAUGUGACAGAGGCCUAAACAAAUUAAAGAUGACGAAUUAUGCACAAUGAAUGAAAGUCUCAAAGCAAACAGUUUUUUAUAAUGUUUCAAUGUUUAAUAACAAAUCCACGACCAAACUAUGAGAAGUACUUAAAGGACCUUAAUUACAACAUAAAGGCAGAUGGCAUCCGAAGGAACCAUGUGGAUUAAUCAUUAAAUUUAAACUUUUAAAUGUGUUUGCUGAGGGACAAAUUAUGGUGUGAGUUAAAAUUGUAUGUAAAAAGUGCUUUUAAUGCAUACAAAUGAAAUUAUGGAACAAGCAAACCAGUGGAGACUGAUAUGAAGAGGGAAGUUAAGUUGUAGCUAAUAAAGGCUUCACAUGAGGAAAUGAUUAUGGAGGGGCAUUAACAUGAGAUUAAAUAGCAUAUGUUUCCUUUUAUUUUUUUGUCAUGUUGUGUAGUAGCACAUCAGCAUUCUUAUCAGAUCUUAGACAGGGUGUUUGGGGCAUUUGAUGUGAUUUUUUUUUUUCUGUAUUUGUUUUAACACCAGCUUUAUUUUGUAAUGAUUCAUGUCAGAGAAACUCAAAGUUUUUGUUUGAUGAAAGGAUGGCAUGUUUGAAUUUGACAGAGCUUUGAUAUGUGUGUACUGUUCAUAUUCUUCAAAGUUGUCUUUGAAUCACAGGUUUAAAACACUUGAUCCACACGCAGGUUAUUUUAUUUAUUUAUCUGUUUUAUUUGAAUCAAACUACUUUCUCUGACAUUCUAGUAGAACCUGUUAGAGUGUCCGUUUCUCCGUGGAAGUGCAAAUAUAUCCAGUGGAUGUUGAUUAUUUUAGACUGUACAGAAUUGUCAAAGCUGUCUCUUCCCCCUCAUGGCUGAUUAAUGUAAGUACCUGCUGACUGUGAAACAUGUUGCACUACAUUGUACAGAUGAGCAACUCCUGUAUCUUUGUGUCAAUGUUAUCCUGGUGGAUGGAGUUGUUUUGUUUUUGGGUGGGGGGGGAUGCAAAACUAAGUAAUACUUUUAACAACUUC